AUGUCUUACGUUGUGCGCAAAGUCGGAGGAGGCGUAUUUAAUCCGAAGGCUAUGUGCAUUUCAAAUGAUAGCGCGUAUCUUUUUGUCGCUUGUGGAUGCCAGAUUAACAUAUACGCACUCCCAGAUUUAGCAGAAAUUGACACAAUCACUACUCAUAAAUCUCAUAUUACAUCAUUGGUAUGCGAUUCAGACUACCUCAUAUCAUCUGACGAUAGUGGUAUGAUAUUUUGGCACAAAUUCACAGGAAUGACUGUAAUCGAAAAGAAACCAACAGUAGAAUUCGAUGCUGGAUAUCCAAUCGAGCGCCUCAUACUCCGCAAUGGAAAACUCUUCUAUAUUUUCUUCCAUCGCCGUUUGUUUUGGUGCGUAGAAUACAAUAAUGAAGAAUCUAUUUUUAUGAUUGAUAACGAAAUGCAGAAAUCGUUUAUUAAGAAACUACAUGAAGGCAGUUAUCUCCAGGGUAAAAAUCCAAUCAGAUUUACGACUUUGGAUGGUUUUGAUAUAAAUGAACAAGCAAAUUCAAUUCUUCUUGUCGAUAAAUGCAAAAUACACGUAUACAACUUCGAAACUGGCGAAAGGGAAAUGUAUCCAAACCCAGUCGCCGUUCAUUACGCAAGAUUUAGAGGAAAUAAGGAAGUUAUCGCUUUUCUUGCAAAUGGUAUGAUAUUCGUAUACGGAAACCGCAAAAUACCGAUUCGCGAUCACUGGCAUUACGCUUGUCCAAACGCUUUCGUUUACAAUGAUACAACAAUCAUAUCUGGUGGCUUUGAAGGCGUUUUGACCUUCUACAACCAAAAUACACAUAGACACGAUCACUUACCGCGCUUAGGCAUCACUAUAGAAGGCCUCGCAUUGUCAUCAAAUGGAAGAUUUAUCACUGUUAUCUUUGAUAAGAACAUGCUUGCAGUAGUUGAUGCUUCUGCUGCAAACCAUGCUGUUAUCUCCGAUAUUUCGAAUGUAAUUGGCAACGUUUCGUUCUCAAAUGGAAAAUUAAUUUCAAUUCGCAAGCCAAACUUAGUACAAAUCUUCGAUUGCAAUACAGGAAAAUACAUAACACAACAACAGGUUUCGUCCUACAAUAGUAAUGUCCCGUUAACAGCCGUAGAACUUUCAAAAGAAUAUAUGAUCACAGUUGAAACAUCCGGAGGCAAAGCAGACCCCAAACUUACCAUUGGCGGACAAGUCUCCAUGAACCACAAGCGUCCAAGAGCCAAUAAACCAGCCCACGACUUUGCAUACGAGAAAUUACUUCUUCGCGAGCGUUAUUCGGCCAUGAGACAGAUCAAGAAGAUCAAGUACGGUAAGGCAGAGGACAUAACUCUGCUAAACGAAGAAAACAAAAACAUAGAACGCGAAGGAAACCCAUUAAUCAAAGAUCCAGACGCCGCAGAUACAGUAGACUACAGCGAGAUCAAGAUCUGGCGCAUUGCUGAUGACAAAUUCGAGUUCGAACAGAGUUUUCGCGCAAUUGGAAAAACUGCAAAUCCAAUUUCAAUGCAUCCAACGCUCCGUUUGUUCACUGUUGUCGUUUCCCAUGAACUACAAGUCUGGAAGAGAAGCAGCGACACAGAUAUGUGGGAAAUGUUCAGAUCAUCUCAUCUUCCGAUUAUCCCUUCAUCAUUAGUAUGGUCCAGCGAUGGCACAAUAUUAGUUGCUCAGUAUGCCAAGCGCGUAGACUUGAUGAACGCGGAAACUCUUGAGAUUAUUGCGGAACAUUCUGUAGAUGCUCUUGUAAACACCGUAAAAUUCAUUAGCGAUUGCGAAAUCGCCAUCCAGUCAACACUUGGCGUGGCCAUCUACGAUCUCAGGACACUUUCCGAGUCGAAGAUGAUUUUCGCCCAAGCCGCCUGUGCAGAUGCCAGCGACGGAGCCUUUGUAUUCGUUCUGAACAAGCAGCAGCCUGUUGUUGUUCUCUACGACAAUGGCCAGAUGUUCUCCUGGCAAGUUCCUGCCUUGGCUCCCAUCAACAAAGUGGCCAUUACAAGGGUCGGAUCGCUCUGCAGAAUAACCUGCGUAGAUGACGACUACUUCAUAUGGGGAAUCGACGAGUUUGGCCUCGAACAGAAAGAAAAAUCAAGGCCAUUGAUUAUAACUCCACCAAAACCUCGUAAUGAAGCCAAGAAGGCCGUAAAAUUGGCAAUCGUUGUUGAUAAGAAGAAGGAGUUAGAGGAGCUUUAUUCAGCUCCUUCCCAUCAAAUUAUGAGAAUUGAAAUGUUAUGCGACGCUUUCUCAAGGAUAUUGUUAGAACCAAGGAAGAAACAUGAAGCAGCUUCAAUACCUGUUAAGAUUGAACAAGAAAUUGACGCUGAUUCACUCAAAGCAACCGAAUACUCGAUUUCUGAUAUCUCUGAAAUGAGAGAAGAAAUGCGGAAGGCUUUUAACUAA